AUGGCGUCUCCGAGCGAUGCGGCUUCUAAGGAGGAUGAAUUCUUCGCUCAAAGGCGAACCGUGCUCGCAGUCCUCGAUUUCCUCCGCACAGCCCCACUCCCUCCCUCAGUUGACUCGGACGCCCUAGAGGUUGCCGCAGACUGCCUUUCCGAAGCUUUUGGGGUCAACCCGCAAAACCCUGACGACCUGGAAAAAUAUUCAGUUCUGCCCGGAACACUGUUGCAGCUCAUUCAGGACAGCACGCCGGGUUCCGCUACUGGUCAUGGUUCUUCUGCCGGUGCUGCCCGGCCAGGCGGGCAGCUAGUGGAAAACUCUCAGGCUGCUGCCUCGCUGCCCGAACCUAUGGAUGAAGAAAACAAGCGUGACGCCGAGCCUCGAGAGGCAGACUUGGGAGACAGGGUUGGGGGAGGUUCGGUUGCUGCAGGAACAGAAAACGCUAGGAUAGGCAACGGGGCCAGCGGAGGCAGAGAGGGGGGGAAGGAAGUAGAGAUGAAAGACGCAGUUGAGGGGGCUGCUGAGCAAACGGGGGAACAAGCGAAAGAAAGAGCAUGGGAAACAGCUCGUGGGGAAGCUGGGGCAGGUGUGAGUGGGCCGAACCGGCAAGGGGAGGAGGGUCAGGUGGAGGCCCAGGGUGCUCUGGAUCUGGAGAAGAAGCUUCAGGAGUUUCUGCAGGGGCUGGAGAGUGCGGGGUACUAUGCAGGGACGGUGGUGGGGAGUGAGGAGUAUGUGACGAGGCAGCAGCAGGCACGAGCUAUCUUUCACCAGUGUGGUGGUGUGGUGUGGGUGGGCAAUGCGGCCAUGGCAGCCCAUAACUACGAAGAGGCAUUGUCUCUCUACUCCAAAGCAAUCGCCCUCUGUGGUGGCACCAACGCCAUUUACUAUGCCAACAGGGCAGCAGCGCAGCACCAGCUGGGAAACUACAUGGAAGCUGCGGCGGACAGCAGGAGGGCGGUAGCAGUAGACCCGAGGUACAGCAAGGCGUACAGCCGGCUGGGGCAUGCGUGCAUGGCGCUGGGUCGGCACCACGAGGCGAUUGAAGAGGGCUUUAAGAAAGCACUGGAGCUAGAUCCUUCCAAUGCAGCUCACAAGGAGAACCUCAAGGCCAAGAUUCGCCCCUUGCAGUUUACGCUCUCAUUCAUCAACCCAUUGCUCUCAUUCAUCAACCCAUUGCUCUCUACCACCGUGUAA